AUGGGGGAGCAGCAGAGCUCGCUGAGCGCCCCGCCGACACCGGCCGCCGCCGCCGCCGCCGCGCCGCCGAGCCCGGCCGGGAGCCCGCGGGAGCCCGGCGCGGACGAGCCGCCGCUGCGGGAGGCGGCGGGGCCGGGACAGAGCGGGGAGCCGCCGCCCGAGCGGCGAGGGGCCGGCGGGGACGAGGACGAGGAGGAGCAGGCGGCGGCCGGGCCGGAGCAGACGGCGGCCCCGGCGGAGGAGGGGCCGGGGCCGGAGGGGGGCAGCGGCCGCCGCCGCCCCCCCCGGCGGCACGUGUACUGCACCGUGUACUGCGUGGAGAACGACCGGCCCGCCGCCCGCCGCGCAUCGCCGCCCUCCCCCGGGGGCGGUGGUGGCGUCGGGCGGGCUCCGGCCCCGGUGACGGCCCCGCUCCCGGCCCCGUCGCGGCGCGGGGUGGCGGCGGGCGGCGACCCGCUGGCGGAGGGCGGCAGCGUGGAGGUGGUGGACUUGUACCUGCUGCCCGAGCCCUUCUCCGGGCUGAUCGCGGGGGACUUCGGGCCGCUGCUGGUGCUGAGCUGCCGCGUGUGCCUGGAGGAGAAGCCCGUCAAGCCGCUGUCCUGCUGCAAGAAGGCGGUGUGCGAGGAGUGCCUCAAGCGGUACCUCAGCUCCCAGGUGCAGCUGGGACAAGCGGAUAUAAAAUGCCCAAUCACAGAGUGCAGCGAACACCUGGAUGAAACCACCAUCCUCUAUAACCUGCCCCACGAGGACAUCAUCAAGUAUAAAUAUUUCCUGGAACUCAGCCGCAUUGACUCCAGCACCAAGCCAUGCCCUCAGUGCAAGCACUUUACAACCUUCCGGAGGAGAGGCCACAUUCCUACCCCUGCCAAAUUGGAGAACAAAUACAAAAUCCAGUGUCCAUCUUGCCAAUUUGUCUGGUGUUUCAAGUGCCACUCGCCUUGGCAUGAAGGCGUUAACUGCAAAGAGUACAAAAAGGGAGACAAGCUGUUGCGUCACUGGGCCAAUGAGAUUGAGCACGGGCAAAGGAAUGCCCAGAAGUGUCCAAAAUGCAAGAUCCACAUCCAGAGGACAGAAGGGUGUGACCACAUGACCUGUUCCCAGUGUAACACUAAUUUCUGUUACCGCUGCGGGGAGAGAUACCGCCAGCUCCGUUUCUUUGGAGAUCACACAUCAAACCUCAGUAUAUUUGGAUGCAAAUACCGCUACCUCCCCGAGAGACCACAUUUGAGGAGAUUGGUGCGAGGCUCUGUCUGUGCUGGAAAACUACUCAUUACACCCCUAAUACUGGUUCUGGGACUGGCACUGGGAGCCAUAGCUGUUGUAAUAGGUUUAUUUGUGUUUCCUAUCUAUUGCCUUUGUAAAAAGCAGAGGAAGAGGUCACGGACAGGUAUGCCCUGGUAAGGAUGGGCUAUACUCACCUGAACUAAGCUGGUCCUGCAAGGGCUAUACACGGUUUGUGCUACAGAGCAGUACAGUUCUGGUAACAGCAUCACAGCCAUCGCCCUGGAAGAAAAGUGGGGGAUCUCCUGCCGUCUUCCCUCAGCUGAAACACUACUGCAGACCAGAAAGCCUCUUUGCUCUGGUGCACUCUGAACAAGAUGGGCCCCCUGACUGCUGCUUUUUAAAUGUUUUUUUAUUAUUAUUAUUAUUAUUACUUUGGAGGGUUGGUUUUUGUUUUGAAGAUUUAAGUCUAAGUUUCUGAACUAGACAAUCAAAGUCUGUAUUGUAGCCACAACUCUACUACCGAUUUGGCCUGUGAAGAAAGCAUUUAACUGCUAAUGUGCUCCGUUUAACUUCAGUGUCGGCCUUUAAGGGGGAAAUGCUUAGAAGUGUUUGGACUCUUACUGUACACUGAGCAUACUACUUUUGGUAUUAAAUACUACUUCUGUAAAUAA